CUGCCGGCCCGGCGGGCGAGCGAGCGAGCGCGGGGUCGCGGCGCGGGGGGCGUCCCCGGCCGGGACGCGGAUCGCUGCGCUGCCCUUGGCGAGUGUGGGGAUCUCAGGCUGUGUGUGCCCAGACCCCAGAGCACCCCUCGCCACCAUGACCGGGCUGCUGAAGAGGAAGUUUGACCAGCUGGAUGAGGACGCCUCCUCGCUCUGCUCGUCCUCCUCCUCUUCGUCCUUCUCCGGCCACCACUCUCCCUCCUGCUCCCCGAGCUCGUCAGCCUCCCCCACCUGGGACUCCGACGAGGAGAGCCCCUGGGAUCAGAUGCCCCCACCCGACCGUGACUUCUGUGGCCUGCGAAGUUUUACCCCCCUGUCCAUCCUGAAGCGGGCUCCCCGGAAGCGCCCAGGCCGCGUAGCCUUCGAUGGCAUCACCGUCUUCUACUUCCCUCGGUGCCAGGGCUUCACUAGCGUGCCCAGCCGCGGCGGCUGCACUCUGGGUAUGGCCCCUCGCCACAGUGCCUGCCGCCGCUUCUCGUUGGCUGAGUUUACGCAGGAGCAAGCCCGGGCACGGCAUGAGAAGCUGCGCCUGCGCUUGAAGGAAGAGAAGCUGGAGGUGCUACGAUGGAAGCUUUCAGAGGCUGGGGUACCCAAGACGGAGGCUGGCCUGCCGCUUACAGUGGAUGCCAUAGAUGAUGCCUCUGUGGAGGAGGACUUGGCAGUGGCCGUGGCAGGCGGCCAGUUGGAGGAAAUGACCUUCCUACAGCCCUACCCAGCCCGGCAGCGGCGGGCUCUGCUGCGGGCUGCGGGUGUGCGGAGGAUCGAUCGUGAGGAGAAGCGAGAGCUCCAGGCUCUGCGCCAAUCCCGGGAGGACUGCGGCUGUCGCUGUGACAGGGUCUGUGAUCCCGAGACCUGCAGCUGCAGCCUGGCGGGCAUCAAGUGUCAGAUGGACCACACAGCAUUCCCCUGUGGCUGCUGCAGGGAGGGCUGUGAGAACCCCAAGGGCCGUGUGGAAUUUAACCAGGCUCGAGUUCAGACCCAUUUUAUUCACACACUUACCCGCCUACAGCUGGAGCAGGGAGCUGAGAGCCUUGGGGAGCUGGAGCCCUCAGCCCAGGGUGGUGUACCCAGCCCUGGGGAGCAGGCCCUGGCCUCCACAUUUCCGCUGGCCAAGCCCCCCGUGAGCAGUGAGCUGGGAGACAACAGCUGCAGCAGCGACAUGACCGAUUCGUCCACAGCCUCGGGCACCAGCGAGGCCCCUGAUGGCCCUGCCCACCCGGCCCUGCCCGGCCCUGGCUUCCAGCCCAGUGUGGACGACGACAACCUGGCUCGGAUCCUGAGCUUCAGUGACUCUGACCUGGGCGGAGAGGAGGAGGAGGAGGAGGAAGGGGGUGUGGGCGGCCUGGACAACCUCAGCUGCUUCCACCCAGCUGACAUCUUUGGUACCAGUGACCCCGCUGGCCUGGCCAGCUGGACCCACAGCUAUUCCAGCUCCAGCCUUACAUCAGGCAUCCUGGAUGAGAACGCCAACCUGGAUGCCAGCUGCUUCCUCAACAGCAGCCUUGAAGGGUCAGGGGAAGGCAGCCUCCCUGGCCCCCCAGUGCCAGCCGGCACGGAUGCCCGCCAGAGCAGCUCAGUGGACCUCAGCUUGUCUUCCUGUGACUCCUUCGAGCUGCUCCAGGCCCUGCCGGACUAUAGUCUGGGGCCCCACUACACCUCCCGGAAGGUGUCUGACAGCCUUGACCACCUUGAGGUGCCCCACUUCGCCUUGCCUGCCUUUUCUCCCCCCGGGGAUGCCAGUACUUGCUUCCUGGAGUCCAUCAUGGGCUUGUCUGAGCCAGCUGCUGAGGCCCUGGCUCCCUUUGUGGACAGCCAAUUGUUUGAGGACACUGCCCCGGCCUCACUGGUGGAGCCUGUGCCGGUGUGAGGGCUACAGUGCCUUUUUCCGGCGCCAAGAGUCCUGUUGCUGCUUCAUUGUAAUUUGGGGGCUCCCUGAGGUCUUUCUGUAUGUAACAGUUUCCUGUUGGCGGGCUCCCAUGUGGGCACUCCUAAUUUUCGUGCAACACUCUGGAUUGAUUUAUUUAUUUUUGUAACUUUCUGUGCUGAGGGCGGUGGGGGGUUCCCCUUUUGGCCGCCUGGCCCCCCUUGCCCACACCAUCUCCUCCAUUUCUACGGCACGGGCCAGGAAGAAAUGUGGCUCCCCUGGAGCUUUGUAGACUCCUCUUCUGUCUUGUAUAAUGUUCCUCAGCCCAAAGACAGCCAGACAGGGCUGAAAUCAGCCACUUCUUAUGGCUUCUUCUGCCACCCUGAGCCCUAGACCCAUGGGUGGCUGAAUCUUCUGGACUGUGAAAACUGUAAUUUAUUUCCAUAAUUUAUUUGGAGAUUAGGUGGUUUUGGCCUCUCCUCUCUGACUGGUGGGCAAUGCUGGGCUUAGGGUGGGACACAGACCCCCUGUGAGUCCUUUUGCCUUAUAGUCCUGCAGCCCUGCCCUGCCCGGGCUUUGGGGUAGACCAGGCGUGGAUUUGAGCCCUCUGUCUAAUAUGGCAGCUUCCUGGCUCUGGAUGGCUGAGCAAGCAGGGGCUGGCCCGGGACAGUGUCUGGGCAGGGGGAGGGGCUGGGCUGACCAACCGUGACCAAACCCUCUUCUGCCCCUUGCAGCCCCCUCUGCUUCCUGUCCUCGGCCCUGUCUCCCUCCUUCCCCACCAAAGGCCACAGCCUUUAUCCUGAGCCCAUCAAUGCAGGAGGGGGAAGUAGGAGGCCCAGAGAAGGUAAGGGGCUGCCUCAGGGCCCAUCACACGCCCCUCAGGGCCUUCUGGGCACUGCGCUCCAGCCUGGUCCACCUGCCUGCACCCUAAGGCCAGAUGGCCGGGGCGAAGGGUGACUAUGGCUUUCAUGCCAUUUGUUUGCUGAUGUUGAAUUUUGCAUCAUAAUUUCUAUAUUGUCCCUGAGUAUUAGAACUAUAAUUUAUUCAUUUUUCUGUGUCUGUGCCAAGAAGCCCAGGCUCUGGGCCUGCCCUCUUGCCUAGGAGGCCUUGCCAGCCUGUGAGCUUGUGGGAACACCUUGUACCUGAGCUUACAGGUACCAAUAAAGAGACUAUUUUUAACUGUG